AUGAAGUCUAAGAAGAAGAAGAGGCAGGAUGACUUCCAGAAGGUGAAGUUAAAGGUGGGAAAAACGAAGCCCAAAGCUGUAAAUGCAACCAACACCAGUUUCCGCACCAAGGGAAUUCAUCUAUCCGAACAGCUGAAGAAAGAUACUUCUGGUCCCACCACUCACAGACAGCUUGGUAUCAAUGACCUCCUGUCUCAGCUCCACCAUCACAAUGCCAACAUAAAACACGGUGCCUUGGUGGGUUUGAAAGAGUUGCUGUCUCUCAACCCGUCUCUGUUGGACCAGCAUCUGUCUCGCUUGCUUUCUGAAGUUGCAGCUGUUUUCACAGACAAGGAUGGCAACGUUCGUGUAGCAGCUACCCGUGUGCUCAGGUUCAUUGCACAGUCUGUGCCUGCAGAACGAGUGGCUCCGUUUUUCCCCCUCCUCAGUGCCCACCUGUCAUGUGCCAUGACCCACAUAGAGCCAAGCAUCCAGGAGGAUGCCAUGAAGGUCCUAGAUGUGUUACUGGAACACUACCCUGCUCUCCUAGCAGCGAGGCCCGCAGUACUCCUCACUAACUUCCUGGAGUUGAUCUCACACAAACAAAGUAGCAAUGGUACCAAAAAGACCCCGGAUGCAAAGGGACGGACGUGGUCAUUGUCCGUUAACCCGAGCAGGGCUGUGACAAGCCAGCAGUGGCGUCUCUCUGUUCUUUCCAGGCUUGGGCGCUUUCUGCAGGCUGUUGUUGAGGAAAGACCAGUCCAGGAGAGUGAUAUAUUUGUUCAAACUGAAGGAGUGUCUGGCUCCAGGGGAGAGGAUAAGCUCACACCUCUCUAUCUCAACUGGGAAGAGCUCAGCUACAACAGCAAGGUUGGAGUUAGGGUGUAUGAGCAUUCUGGGGCCAAACCAACUCAACGGUCCACCUUUAAACUCAGACCGGAGGUGGACCCUGGACCCGCAGCGGGCGAGGGCCUGGACUCGGCUGAUUCUGUUCAGAGCUUUGCAGCCACUCUGGUGCCUCUUUUGUUAGAGGUUUGGGUAGAAGCCAGUACCAGUGACUGCCCCUCAAACAGCAGUGAGGGCGCUCACCUGCUCACCCCUGAGGCGAUGUCAGUAAUGUUCCAAGUGCUGUCGAUUCUGCAGCUGCUGAGAAAACUGGCGCCACAGCAGGAGCACCAAGACACACUGGAUGCGUGGUUUCAUAAAGAAUACCUGGGAGAUUUUAAGCAGCACUUCAUGAAAAACUUCCCCUAUGGUACUCGGGACACACCCAAACAUAGAAAGAAGGUUGAUCUCAAAAGGAGUAAGCAGACUGCAGCAGUCCCAGGAUUGACAGUGGAGCCCCUGGCCCUAAACAUCACACUUUGCCAGGUCAUGGUGUCCCUGAGUCAGAGGCAAGGGGUCGGCCGAGAGACAGACGGAGACUGGCUGACACCUCUUAGGAUGUUUGUCCGAGACACUCUAAGCAGCGGAGUGAAACUGAGCUACAGGCAGCUCCACAUGCUGCUGGGUACUGUGUGGAAGAUGGUGCUCACACAGAGGAGCAAAACAGUGACAGAGGAGCUGUUAGCAGCUGUGUAUGUGUACUACAAGCAGAGGAACCUGACUCUACAGACACGAUCUCUGCUGCUGUCCUUCUACAGCAAGCUCUACCUGCAGGAGCAAGGACACACGCACAUAGCCAGGAGUAAGGUGCUGUGUUGUUGGUUGGCAUCUCUUCCUGUGCAAUUGUCCCAGCUGGGCCAUCGUAACCCUGCCCUCUCGGCACGACUUAUCCUGUCCAUCCAGGCUGCCGCUUCCCGAGGAAAUAAAGAUCUGCUCAACAGUCUGCAGACAAACGCCUGCAGGCUCUACGAUCCACAGGAGGGAGUUGUGGUUCUGUUACCAGCAGAGUCCCAGCAACAAAUGGUGCAGCUGCUCUACUUCCUGCCCAAGAUGUCCCAGUCCCUGCUGGCCAACCUGAGCUGCUGCUGCACCGCUGGAAGAAUCUCUGCCAGUCUCGCAGCCACUCUCAUUCGUAUUGUCCACUUUAGGUCAUCUCUGAGCUGCUGGUUGGUCGGGAGCCAGGAAGUGGCUCUGCAGGAUGUGGACUACAUCAGCUUCCUGUUCUCCACCCUCACAGGCUUUUCGUCCGACAGGCUCGCAUCCCUGCAGGACGACGAGGACGAUUACCUGCCUCCUUCGCCUCUUUCACCCCUCAGCCUCUACCCCACGCCGCUGGAGCAGUUCACACACCACUGGGAUGUUGUCGAGGAAGUCUGCCACAGUCUGGAAACACUGGGUUCAAAAUCUCAAUGCUUUGACAUCUUGCAAAAUGGCAUUUGCAAAUACCUGACAAAGUUAGGUGUUGUGCCUGACAGUAUGGCAGCCGGGCUGCUCAGAGCUGUAUCCAGACUAAUGGACCUGUCCGUCCUGCCCAUCGAGCCCGUGCUGCGCUUCUUGUCUCAGUGCUGCCUCAGCCUGCUGGCUCUACUCAUCAACCUGCAGCAGGAGUUACCUGCUGAAACUAACCACAAAAGGGAAGCCAUAUGGGGCGCUUGUGUGUCAGCACUGAGCACCGUUCCUCGCCUUCUGCGAAUGGUUCUGCAGUUGCUGCGAGUUGGAGAUCUGAGCGAGGAUGAGCUUCCACAGCUGGGACAGAUCCUGGCCAUGCUGCUGCAGCAUACGCCGAUCAUAAACCAGCUACUCGCCAAUGCCAGUCUGCUUCAAGAGAUCAUACAACGGCUCACAAGGUAUUCAAGAGCGUCGACCAGGGAGCAGUGGCUGACAGACUUACUCUACAGUUACAGUGUCACUGUGACUCACGGCUCUUCUGCUCGCCGUGGUAACCUGGGCCUUCGAGACAUGUACUAAACGUCAGUUUACCCUCACAAACAUCUUAGUUACCUUGAUAAACAGAACACAAUACAACUCAGUGGUGUUGAUUCCUAACAUCUAAACUUUUACACAGAAAGAACAAUGCAGGGUUUUUUUUGAGUGAAUAAGAAUACUUCACAUUCUUGUUUUUAUAGCUUAUUUUCUGUCAUAAACUGCCUCUUUAUUGCUUCUUGUUAGCCUAAUAACUAUUUGUUCUCAUUCUGCCUCCUCUGAAAAUGGUUGUUUUGGAUUGUUGUCCUGUGUUUUUUGAAGGCACGUGGCUGCCGUUUGUUUAAAAAAAGUCAAACUGAAA